UAUGAAACAGCGUAAACUGGCUUUGAAAGUUGGAAAUAUUCCUCCAUACUCACCCAUGCACUUAUUUCUCUACGUGUUAGGUCACCUGCCGACCCAAACCACCUUGAGGUCUGGCCACUUCGAAGUUUCAAGCUAGCCCAUCCUCAUCUAUUAUAUAUACACCUCCAAUAGCCCUCCCCUGCAAUGCACAACAUUCUCACAACUCAUUCACAGCCACAACAAAGUCACGUACACAACAAAUUAAACCACCUCCUUUUUCAUUAUGGGUUCUCCGAGCUCAAUGAGCCGUUGUGUUCUGGUUUUGGUGGUUCUGCUCUUGGGGAGUACUGUGAACGCACAGCUUUCUGCAGACUUUUACGCGAGAUCUUGCCCUCAACUUCCCUACAUUGUGAAUCGUGCAGUGCAUUCCGCCAUUGCCAAGGAGGCACGCAUGGGUGCUUCUCUUCUUCGCUUGUUCUUCCACGACUGCUUUGUUAAUGGGUGUGAUGGUUCGAUUCUUCUGGAUGACACGUCCAAUUUCAAGGGAGAGAAGGGCGCAGUGCCCAACAAGAACUCAGCUCGCGGCUUCGAAGUGAUCGACGCCAUCAAGUCGGAGGUCGAGAAAGCGUGCCCAGGCAUCGUCUCCUGUGCCGACAUUCUCGCCGUCACCUCCAGAGACUCCGUCCACCUUCUUGGAGGGCCAUACUGGGACGUGAAGCUCGGAAGAAGAGACGCCAGAAUCACCAGUCUCUCUGCCGCAAACAACGGUAUCCCACCACCCACCUCUAACCUCAACCAACUCAUAUCCAGAUUCUCCUCACUCGGUCUCUCCACCAAGGACUUGGUCGCUCUCUCUGGUGGGCACACGAUUGGACAAGCGAGAUGCACUAAUUUCAGGGCUCACAUAUACAACGAGAGCAACAUAUACGCAGGUUUCGCUCGCACCAGGCAAACGAACUGCCCCAGGGUCUCAGGUACAGGGGACAACAAUCUGGCUCCUCUUGAUUUAGCGAGUCCCACUUACUUCGACAACAGCUACUUCAAGAACCUGGUUCAGAAGAAAGGGCUUCUUCACUCCGAUCAGGAGCUCUUCAAUGGCGGAUCCGUCGACUCCAUUGUGCAAGGCUACAGCGCCAACCUCAGAUCCUUCGCUGAGGAUUUCGUUGGAGCCAUGAUCAAGAUGGGCGACAUCUCCCCCCUCACUGGCUCUCAGGGCGAGAUCAGGAAAAACUGCAGGAGGGCCAACUAAUUAAUGAUUCAUUAAUUACGCUUGUCCAUUUUAUAUACGGUGGCUUCAUCAGUUUGCGAUAUAAUAAUUAUAAUAAUAAUAAUUAAGUUGUUUUGCUUAUUCCUUUCAUUUCUUUGUUGACUUUAUUUGACUCAUCAAGUGUGUUUAUUAAAUUCAACAGUGAUGUAAGCGUCCUUCGUUUAAUUUUGUUUUCUCAAUCAAUAUACAAGUAGCCACCUAUAUGUUCCUUUUUA